CUUUACUCUGGUGUGUGUGAACCUAACAAAAUAGCUGCCUGGUAAAUGAGAAGGCUGCUUGACACAGGAGACAGCAGACAAAAGAAGGCGGAACAGUGUAGCUUAAAUUGAAAAGGCGACUCAGUUCUCACUUAAAAGCAGCAGCACUUUGAGAGCAAUAGAGUGUGCUCAGUAUGUGUCCCUGUACAUGUGGGAAAAGCAGCAAGUCAGGACUCGUAUCUUCAUCAGAGGCUACUGAUCUCAGCAGGGAUGCUGCUGCUGCUGCUGCAUAAGGAUGGCAUGCUGUCCACCUGCCAGGGGAUUUAUGACAGCACAGCAGCAGCAGUGGAUAAGUGCAUGGAACAGGAUGGAUUAGCUUGUGGGGAAAAGCCUUUAAGCAGCAGUAGCACAGCAGCGACUUUCAGAAGCCCGGGAGCAUUUGGAUGUCGAGAGAACAAAAUGAUAAUGGUUCAAUUGUAAUCAAAGUUCAUAUAGCUGUAGAUUUCAGGUAUCUGUGGACCACCACAAAGUAUAAUAACUAAAUUCCAAGACUGAAGAAUCAAAACAGCCCCAAGGCAGCAAUGUAGCAAACUGCAAGUGUUAUUUUAUCAGCAGUGUGAGUACACAUUUGGAUGUCGCUAUUUUUUCAAGAUGUGAUGCUUACUGCAAACUUACCAUGAGAAUCCUGCCUCUCAAAUGGCUGAGGAUCAGGAUCUUGAAGAGGAACACUCUGCUCUUCCUGCUUUUCUGGCUCUCCUGCUGGAUUCUCAUCAACACUUUCCUGUUUGUACACAAGAGCCUCUUCUCCGAUCGCUGCACUGACGAGGAAAGUCAAAAGAUUCUCGCCAGACUGUGUUAUGACUACACAGGUGGAGCUGUUGCAGGAAACCUUUGUGAAGACAUUUGCGUAACCCGCAAACUGGUGUAUAAGCAUUGCCUUUAUUACCAUAAAGGAAAGAAGGUCAUGCAAGCUGAAUGGCAAGGCAACUCGAUAAUCCUAAAAUCCAAAAAUGACGCCCUGUCAAAAUCACAAAGUCCUGCCUUCUUGGACGAAUCAGAAAUCCAGACACUUUCUGAUACAGAACUUCUUGUUAUGGUGGCUGUGGAAGUUAAAAAUGUCCUGGGAUUGGAUUUACCAAAUAACACCAUGAUGCCUGUUUGGAAUGAAAAGAGGAAAAGCCGCCACUGGAAAGCUGAACUGGCCAGCAUGUGGUCCUUAUUUGAGCAAGAAGAAUAUCUACUGUUCAACUUGCUACAAGACUUUAGCAAGCACGUCUUGCAGGUCAUUGGCACCUGUGGACAGUUCUACGCGGUGGAAUUUCUUACUGCUGGACAUUCGUGGAAACAAAACCUGUUUUCUUUAGAAGAAGUCGUUGGUCAGUGUAACAGCGGGCAAAAACGAAUGAGGGCACUCCUAGAAAUCGCAGUCAGUUUCCUAGAUAUGGUCCAUCAAUUUGAAAAUGAAUUCUCUCAUAGGCUGCACCUCUGUGAUAUCAAACCGGAAAACUUUGCAAUCAGAAGUGAUCUAACCGUGGUCGCUAUUGAUAUGGACAUGGCAUUCUUUGAACCUAAAAUGCGUAAUAUCCUGGAGCAAAACUGCACAUCUAAUCAAGACUGUAAUUUCUUUGACUGCUUUUCAACGUGCGACUUAAAGACUUACAAAUGUGGGGCACAAAGAGAGAACAACAAUUUACAAGUGAUCUGUGACAAGAUAUUUCGCCGUUGGUUCACAGGAAGCAUUGUGAGAUCUACCAAUUCCUUUCCACUCCAAGCAGAGCUCCAUAAGGCCGUUCAGCAAUGUGCUCAAUCCACAAACAAACAAACUCCUUACUCUGAGCUAUACAGUUUGCUUAGAUCUAGCCAGGAACAGCUUCAAAAGUGGAGUGUAUAAACUCCGCAGCACUGCUCUUUUCUUUGACAAAAGGACGGACAAAAAUAAAUUGCUCUAAAAUAUUGUGAUGUGAUUCUAUUGUACAGCUUUGUAAACAAUCUUUAUUGUCCUUUAUAAUGGAUCAAUUCUGUUUUGUCUGGUUUAAGGUCGGUUCAAGACCUGAUUAUUUAAGGAGAGUGCAUAGAUUGGCCAAAACUUGAACCUAAAACUUGGACUUCAGGGGGGUUAUUUACUAAACCUUGAAUUUAUCUAGUUGGGGCAAAAUUCACAAUUUUCAUUUUCUUUUUAAAAACUUAUUUUUCAUGAUUUAUUAAAGCCUGAAGCUACAAAAAGACCAAAUUUGAAAAUUCGCCAUCUCAGACCUACUGAGGUUGAGUAUAAGUCAAUAGCAGAGGUCCCUAUCCUAAUCAGAAGUUAUUGUUGUCUGCGCUGGGUUUAGCCUGAAGAUCCGAUCAUUUUGGGCUUUUCAAGCAAAGACCCGAAAAAAAUCGUACGAUUUGGAGGCAAUACAAUUAUCACUGGUUUCCCUGGAUUUUUAAAUAAUAUAUAAGGUCAAAUCCGGUAUGGGCGUUUGGUCAUGAUUUUUUUAAUUAAAUAAAAGAUAAAAUCAGAUUUUAGUAAAUAACCCCCCAAAAUAUCUGGAAAGCCUUGCAUUACUGUCUAUAAAGACCCUGCACAUUUCAGCUGCUGUGAAAUGUCAAUGAUUUGCUGGAAAUAAAUGUAUUGCUAUAUAAUGUCGGCCACAAACCCAAAAAACACUUUUUGUUGGGUGUGCAUUAAGUUAGCCAGGAAAAUCAUGAAAUCAAAAGAAAUAUAAAGAACAAUGUUUAUUCUAGUGCUUGAACACAUUCUAGUCAUUUUUAUCUAAUGCUGCUCAUUUGGGAAUUACCAUUUAACCACAUUUAGCAAACCAAGCAGUGUUUAGUGGCACAAUAGGUAAUAUUGCUUGGUUACAACCAGGAAUGUGCAUAUUCAAAAAGUCGUGUUUAUACAGAAAUACUUUAAAAUAAGCAGGAUCUAGAAAUAGCACACAUAACAUUUACAUGAUAUCAUCUACAGUAUUUUUGUAUGUGUCCUUGCUAUAUCCGUCAUCUCUUUAUGUUCUGUAUAUUGAAGAGAUGUUGUAAUGUGCCUUAUAAUAAAGUAUAAUGUGCCUUGGAA